GAAGCACUCGCACCAGCAUCUUUUGCCCCUGUAAUAGUGGGCGCCCCGCAGAGGACCCACUUGCAGCAGAUGCUGGCGAUGGACGAUGGCGUCGGGCACAUGGCGUCGGUGGACGUCGUCGAGAAGCAGACGAUGAUGAUGAACGGCCCCGGGGUCUCGGAGACCGCGAUGCACGGCACGGCGAUGAUGGCGACGAUGGGCGGCACCGAGGAGGGCUCGGAGACCGCGACGAUGAACGAAGAGUGGCACGAGGAGGCCAGCACGAACGUGUUGGUCGAGGAUCUGUGUCGACUCGACAUCGAGGUUGAACGGCCGAUUACGAAAUCUGCGGGCUCGAGCGGAGGCAAGGGCAAGCGGAACGUGACGAGUGUGCACAGCGGGUCUUCGGACACGUGUGUGGGCGAACUGAGGGCGACAGCUCUCCUGACGAGUGAGGCUUUGACGGAAGCGUGA